CGAGGAAUUUCGGAAAGCAUUAAAAACUUGUAAACAUCAAACAAACGUCAAUGAGGAAAAGCUGCGUACAAGUGUCUGCAAAUUAUGUUUAAGAUUUUACAAGAUAGAUAUUAUGGUUUAGAGAGUAGACAAAAACUAUACAAUGCAGCAAAAGGGAAUAUUGAUUUUGUGCAAAGACUGAAACUACAUAACAAGAUAGAGGUCCAUUCUGGAUGUGUGAACACAAUUUGCUGGAAUGAGACUGGGCAGUAUCUCUUGUCUGGAUCAGAUGAUCAACACCUGAUUGUGUCAGAGCCGUUCACUGGAAAGUACACCAGUGUGAGAUCAGGACACAGGGCAAACAUAUUCAGUGCCAAGUUUUUACCAUACACUAGUGAAAGGAUCGUAAGCUGCUCUGGUGAUGGAAAAAUCUGUUACACUGAUGUAGACACAAGCUCCAGAACGAAUAUUUUUGACUGCCAUUUUGGAACUACAUAUGAGGUGGUAGUUAUUCCCAGUGAGUCUUCCACCUUUCUGUCCUGUGGAGAGGAUGGCACAGUUCGCUGGUUUGACCUCAGGGCCAAGACGUCCUGUCAGAAGGAGGAUUGUAAAGAGGACAUUCUUAUAAACUGCCGGCGAGCUGUUACAUCUUUGGUUGUUAACCCCCUGAUUCCAUAUGAACUAGGCAUUGCUUGUGCUGACAGUUCUGUGAGAAUAUAUGACAGGAGAAUGCUAGGAACCAGAGCCUCAGGUUCCCACAGCAGUAAGGGCGUCACAGGGAUGAUCUGUAAAUUCAUGGCUCCGACUCUGUCCAACAGACCUCACAGGAUUACCUCCCUUGCUUACAGUCCUAAUGGAGAUGACAUAUUGGUCAGCUAUUCCUCCGAGUACAUCUACCUGUUUGGAUCAAGGGAUUAUAAAACAAAGAAAUUACAAGCACCUGCAGAGUUCUUUAAAAAGACCAAACACAAGAGUGACCAAAUACCAAAGAAAUUCAAAUCAUCUGACUUGUUAGCAGACAUGCCAUCUACAUCUAAGGCACCACCCAAAGCCAAAGAAACUGACCCCCAUCCUACCCCCAGGAGUCCAUUAGUCCCCCCAACAGACCUUCCCCCAUCCCCUCCUCACACCUCUUCUUCACCCAGACAGUCCACUUCUGAGGGGGUCACCUCCAUGUUACUACCCCAGAACCCCUCAGGAUCAUCACUAAGGCAACCACCAAUCAAAAGACUUCGUCUCCGUGGAGAUUGGUCUGACACUGGACCUCACGCCAGACCUGAGAGUGAGCGACAGACCAAUGAACAACCAGACAGACAGACCACCAUCAUGCAGAGAAUGUCAGACAUGCUGACGAGAUGGUUAGAUGGUAACCUCAGAAGACAGGAGGAAGAGGGGAGAGAAGAGGGGGGUGAGGAGAUCCAGGGAGGGAGUUCUGAAGACCAGGCCUCAGGGGGUCAGGCCGAGGAGGGUAGAAGUGGAGGGAGUGACGAAGUUGUCAGGGAACCCUCUGAUGUUGAAGAAAUGGAAACAGAGCAUACCCCAGACAAUGACAGAUUACAAAAUUUUUCAUCACCUCAAGGUUCAAGUGUAGAAAACCCAGAAAGUACCAGUUGUGAAGACAAUCCUCAGGCAGUCUGUGAUAAACCAAAUGUCAAUUCCAAACAAAGUGCAAUACCAAAACCCAGUAGUCUUUCCCAAUCCCAGACAGCAGUGUCAGACUGUGAUGUUAACGUUACUCAAGCUGGUCCUUCUGGGGCAUCCAGAGGGGUUACAAAUCAGGAGGAAUCUCGGGGGCCCCAAGAGGGAAGGAAUAUAAUUUCAGGUGAGCAGAGGAGGCAGCAGGCAGGGUUGUUGGUUGAGGAGGAGCCAGUGAUUAGUCUACAUUACUCCUCUGAGGGCACCACUAGCAGUACAGUCAGACUCGGUUUUGCCAGGUUUGAAAACUUAGAAGCUGGUAUUCUACAGAGAAGUGCUGAGAAUGCUUCAUUACAACCAUUGGUUAGAGAGACUACUCCUACAGGAAAUAGAGACUUAGAGAGUCACAAUACUGAUGUGACUAGUCAAAUGGGAAAGUCUGUGAAGGAAAACAAAGAGGGAAAUACAGACUCUGUUGGUUUUUCUGAUUCCACAGACAGCAGUGAUAUUUUUGACAGUGAUUCUGCUUGCUCUACUGAGUCAGCAAAAGUGGAUUCUGGCAAGAAGUGUGAAAGUGCUGCAGAUAAAGAAAGAGCUGGUUCUACAUCUGAAUCUCAUGAAACUGGAAAUGUUAGUAAACCUUUAGGUGAGUCAGCCUCUGACAAUCAACCUUCAACCAGCUCAGAAGGUCAGCCACGGAGAGCAGGGAGAAGAGAUGCUAGCGCAGCUGUGAAAGAGAAGAUCAGACAGAUAGGACGGAUGAGGAUUUUAGAGAGACUUUGUAGAGAGGGGGUAUCUGGAUCGCAGCAGGACAGACACACAGACGACGGUGGAACAUCAGAAGAGGAGGAGCUGCCAGUAUCUAGAGGCGUCAGUCAUACAGAUGACAGAAUACCUGGUAGUGAAGCUACAGGAGGUUCAGAAGAAAGUAGAGCUCGGACUUCUCACUCGGGUCAGGAGGAUGUAGGGUCAGAUGAGGAAGGGGAAGGUCAAAGGGACACUCUGGAGAGACACAUCACGGCCAUCAGAUUACAGGAGCUGUACAAGAAACGCCAGGAGGACAGAGAGAAUGAGGAGAUAGAGAUGAAGAGCAUCCACCAGCCCCUCCACAAAAUCAAGUUCAAAGGGCACAGGAAUGCUCGAACUAUGAUAAAGGAAGCUAACUUCUGGGGAGACCAGUUUGUGAUGAGUGGCUCGGACUGUGGUCACAUCUUUAUCUGGGAUAGAUACACUGCUAAGUUAACCAUGCUGUUAGAGGCUGACCGCCAUGUUGUCAACUGUCUACAACCUCAUCCUUAUGAUCCAAUUUUGGCUUCCAGUGGUAUAGAUUAUGACAUUAAGCUGUGGAUGCCUCUAGAAGAAAAUCCCAAGUUUGAGGAGGAGGUGGCUGCUGAGAUCAUGAGGCGUAAUGAAGUGAUGCUGGAGGAGACACGAGACACCAUUACUGUUCCUGCUGCUUUUAUGCUGCGUGUUUUGGCCUCCCUCAACCAGAUCAGAGCAGGUCGUGCAUCCUCCAGCAAUGAAGCCGUGGCUGAAAACGACAGCUCAUCUAGUGAUUCUGAGUGACUCUAACAAUUAAUUACCGAUUUUACAUUUUUUUCUCUUCCCUUAUGACUCUCAACUUUAAAGAUGUCUUAUAGACUCCAAGUAAUGAAGUAUGCUAAACCUGAGCAGAGCCAGCUUAAAAGUGUGAUUCUGAGGUUACUGAGGUUGAUUUGAUUGUUUUGAGUGUUAUUUUAAACUCCACUUCCAUUUAUGUUUCAGGCUAUAUAUAAAUACUUUACAGGUUAUCUGUAUAUGAUUACAUACAUGUAUGUUGACAUUG